CGAAAGCAGCGAAAUCCGCCAACAUGCAGAUAUUUGCACAGGUUUUUGUUUUAGCGCUUACAGUGAGUGCUGUUCUGGGGCAAUGCACGGUCAACAUCAGAGAUAACCUCCAGUCACCGGAGCCAGUGUUUUUCCAAGGAACUCAACUGUGGGCUCCGGUUGGGCCAGCACUGCUGUGGAAUUCCUGUGAAACCACCAGAAUUUCAUGCCAGAGCGGAACGCUGAAUGGAUUUGAUACAGCGAAUGCCGACCUCACCUGUCAGUCUGGCACAACAUUCACCAUUGGAGGAACGUCGGUGGAUUCGUCUAGUUUGACCUGCUCGCAGCGCAUAACUGGUCAGAUAGACAUCACGACCGACUCAUGUGGGAAUGGCGCAGGCCAAAUACGAAAUAUUGGAUUUACAACAGCAGAAGGUUCACUUGUGACUUACAUUCAAUCAUGCUACAAUGUGAAUACGGCUUCAGUGAUCUACACCCGUCACAUAAUUCCCGGCAGGGCGAUUAGUUACGCAAUCAGUGAAUCAUAUCGACCAUCGUUCAAGGUGGCUGGAACCGCUGGACAUGUGAGUCCGGCAACUUCCUACACAACAGCGCAGCAGAGUAUCCGCUUGGCAACUUUGCUAGGCUCACAGGAACAAGCGGAUCAAUUCAUUACGACGAGUUCUUAUAUGUCACGGGGUCAUCUAGCUCCUGAUGCAGAUGGAAUCUUCCGAUCUUGGCAAUGGGCCACCUAUUUCUAUGUAAACGUAGCUCCGCAAUGGCAGGUUGUCAACGCCGGAAACUGGUUGGUAGUGGAAAAUGCUGCUCGGAACAUUGCGGGCCGUCUGCAAGAGGACGUGCUUAUAUUCAAUGGAGCUCACGAUAUCAUGACACUGCCUCACGUCAAUGGACAAGCUAUUCCGAUUACCCUUGAAGCAGGUGGCAUCGAAGCACCCAAAUGGUACUGGAAAAUUAUCAAGUCGCCCAGUACGAAUUCCGCUAUAGCGUUAAUCACCAACAACGAUCCCUUCCGGACAAGUAUGCCGGCCGGGGAGAUGCUCUGUGCAGACAUAUGUAGUUCAUACGGAUGGGACAAUGCUAAUUAUGCAAACUUCGCUAGAGGAUACACUUAUUGCUGCACGGUUGGUUCUCUAAUGGCUGCUAUACCAGCAAUUCCAUCUGAAGCCGCCGCUUCGAAUGUGUUGAGUUUUUAAUUGAUUUUCAACGGAUGGCAUGAUUCUCGAACAUGAAGCAGUAAAUUUGUGGAUUAAUGUGAAACGAUGUAGGGGAUUCAUCAGGUAGCUCAACGUAAAUUUGAUAGUUUUUCGACGUAACUGAUUACGGCAAAAUAAGACUUUUUUUCAAGAUGUAACACGUUCCAAACGUCUUAGUUUGAAGAACACGUGCUUCAUUUGUUAGGCCUUACUAUUUUAAAGAGGUGUUUUGACUGGAAUAUUGGAUUACUCUUUUAGAAGCAGACGACCAAAAAAAUUCGGAGAUGAUCAUCUGUUUUAAACCGAUGUUUUGUGUUUAAAUUGCUUUUUUUCAGUGUAGGACUUGAUAUAUAAUUUUUUCCAUAUUUUUUUAUGAAAAUUCAGACAAUUUCCUAAAAGUUACUUAUAGAACACUUUUUUGUAGAAUUUACCGUUUUUUGAAUUAUAUUGAUUUACAAAAAAUCGGCAAAAAAAAAUUCGCCCUUUUCAGAAGACAGUCUAGCCUAAUUUUGGAAAAAAUAAGUAUGCAGAGAUGCUCAAUUAGGUGAUGUCUUCACACCCAAAAAGUUUCAACCAAUUCGGAGAGGGUGUUGCCAACCGCGGGUUCAUUUGGUGCGAAAUCCGUCCUAUUCGAACUCAACGUAAACUUUCUAGUUCGGUUUAGAAGCUGCUUUGCAUGUUACUCGGAGUUUAUUCAACAAAUGCUAACUUGAAAGUACGGUCAAUUACUUAAAAAUUGAGCUGAAUAAAAUUCUAUUCAUGAUUGUUAGAUUGGCUGAAUAGUCCAUGAAUUCUACUUUUAUUCGAACUAUUGGUUACUUGGGUUAUGGUUACUAGAAAAUUCAUUUAGGUCUCUGAAAAAUGUUGGUGGGUAGGGGCACCAAAAUUCACACAAAUGGUUAAAAAAAAUUCCAUGUUUUUCCAGUCUGAGCUUAGGAUCACAUCUGUGUUAAUCAGUGUGGUUCUAUAUUCAAAACUGUAAAUAAUUGAAAUCUUUUUCUCAUGAACAUUGAAUACUGAUUCCAGUUUUCUUUCAUACGUCGUAGUUCAAAAAUGUUUUUCAUACGUUGUAAAACAACUAAUAUGUUUAUAUACCUAGUUGGAGGAUUGGGAGAAUGUAUGAAUUCAAUUGAUAGAAAAAAUGA